GACCAUCAAAAAACCUAAAACCCUAAAAACUUGUUUGUUUGCUUCUCGUAGCGUAUACUGCGGCCACUUUGAAGCACCGGCUUUCAGUGAUUGCUGAUUUGAUAGUGUCAGCAUGGCUUUUGCUAAACCAGAGAAUGCUUUAAAGCGAGCUGAAGAGCUGAUAAAUGUUGGGCAAAAGCAAGAUGCCUUGCAAGCCCUUCAUGAUAUUAUAACCUCAAGGAGAUAUCGAGCUUGGCAAAAGACACAUGAAAAGAUUAUGUUUAAGUAUGUAGAGCUUUGUGUUGAGAUGAGGAGGGGUAGAUUUGCCAAGGAUGGUCUGAUUCAAUACCGCAUUGUGUGCCAGCAAGUGAAUGUUACUUCUUUAGAGGAGGUGAUUAAGCAUUUCAUGCACCUCUCCACUGAGAAAGCUGAGCAGGCUCGUAGUCAGGCACAAGCCCUGGAAGAAGCUCUUGAUGUUGAUGACCUAGAAGCUGAUAAAAGGCCAGAAGAUCUGAUGCUAAGUUAUGUCAGUGGAGAGAAAGGAAAGGAUAGGUCUGAUCGUGAACUUGUUACCCCUUGGUUCAAGUUUUUGUGGGAGACUUAUAGAACAGUGCUUGAAAUCUUACGUAACAACUCAAAGUUGGAGGCACUUUAUGCGAUGACGGCACACCGGGCUUUCCAGUUCUGCAAGCAAUACAAACGAACGACAGAGUUUCGCAGGUUGUGUGAAAUUAUCAGGAAUCAUCUAGCUAAUCUUAACAAAUAUCGAGACCAAAGGGACCGCCCUGACCUGUCUGCGCCUGAGAGUCUGCAGCUGUAUCUGGAUACAAGACUUGAACAGCUAAAGAUUGCUACUGAACUUGGACUCUGGCAGGAAGCGUUUCGUUCUGUUGAAGAUAUCCAUGGAUUAAUGUGCAUGGUUAAGAAAACGCCAAAGCCAUCCUUGAUGGUGGUUUAUUAUGCUAAGCUAACUGAAAUCUUCCGGAUCUCAGCUAGCCAUCUUUAUCAUGCUUAUGCGUGGUUUAAGCUUUUCUCGCUUCAGAAAAGCUUCAAUAAGAAUUUAAGCCAGAAGGAUUUGCAAUUGAUAGCUUCGUCCGUUGUGUUGGCUGCACUUUCUGUGCCCCCCUAUGAUCAUACUCGUGGUUCAUCCCAUUUGGAACUUGAAAAUGAGAAAGAACGCAACUUGAGGAUGGCUAAUCUUAUAGGAUUCAAUCUUGACCUUAAACUUAACAGUGGAGAACUGCUAUCAAGGUCAAACCUUCUCUCAGAACUGGUGUCAAAAGGUGUUUUGAGCUGUGCAACUCAGGAAGUAAAAGAUCUUUACCAUGUGCUAGAGCAUGAGUUUCUCCCUCUGGAUCUUGUGUCGAAGAUACAGCCCUUGUUGACCAAGAUCUCAAAUCUUUCGGGAAAGCUUUCUUCAGCUCCCUCUGUUCCUGAAGUUCAACUGUCCAAAUACGUUCCUGCCCUGGAAAAGCUUGCUACCCUGAGGUUGCUUCAGCAGGUGUCUCAGGUGUAUCAGACACUGAAAAUCGAUAAUUUAUCUCAGAUGAUCCCCUUUUUUGAAUUUUCCGUUGUGGAGAAGAUUUCCGUGGAUGCUGUUAAACACAAUUUCUUAUCUAUGAAAGUUGACCAUAUGAAGGGUGUCGUAUUAUUUGGUAAUUCGGGCCUUCAAUCAGGCGGCUUCAAGGAUCACUUGAAUAUUCUUGCUGAAUCCCUGAAUAAAGUGAGGGCCAAGGUUUGUCCACCUGUGAAUAAAGCAUCAAAACUAGGAGAAAUGUUGCCUAGUUUGGCAGAUCUUGUGGAUAAGGAGCACAAGAGGCUUCUUGCUCGAAAAUCAAUCAUUGAGCACCGGAAGGAAGAACAGGAACAUUUACUUUUGGAAAUGGAACGUAAUGCAGAGAUAAAAAGGAAAAAACAACAGCAGAUUGCUGAAGAGGAAGAGAAGAAGAGGCUCGCAACUGAGAUUGAGAAGAGGAGGAAUCAAAUGAUACUUGAUGACAUACGGGACAAGGAGAUAGAACAAGCAAAAGCUCUACUUCAGGAUGUUGGAAAACGCAAUAAGAAAAUGAGGAAGUCAAUUUUAGAAGGAGAAAAUGUGACGAAGCAAACUAUAAUGGAGAUGGCCCUGAGUGAGCAGCUCAGGGAGAGGCAGGAAAUGGAGAAGAAAUUACAAAAACUAGCUAAAACAAUGGAUUAUUUAGAAAGAGCAAAAAGAGAAGAGGCAGCUCCCUUGAUUGAAGCUGCAUUUCAACGACGUUUAGUAGAAGAGAAGGUGCUUCAUGAACGUGAGCAGCAGUUAGAGGUUGAGCUAAGCAGACAGCGCCAUGAUGGGGACCUCAGGGAGAAGAAUAGAAUGGCACGGAUGUUAGAAAAUAAGAUAACAUUCCAGGAAAGAGUGGUGCACCUUCGGCAAGUAGAGUAUGACAGACAUAGAGCAGAGAGAGAGGACCAAAUCCAGCAAAUGCUUCAGGCUCGGAGACAGGAGAGGGAGGCUCUGAGAAAAAAAAUAUUUUUCGUGCGGAAUGAAGAGGAGAAACAGAGAAAGCUGCAUGAAGAGGAGGAAGCUCGCAAACGGGAAGAGGCUGAGAGGCAAAGGAAGCUAGACGAGGAACGCAGGGCCAAAUUGGAUGAGAUUGCUGAGAAGCAGAGGCAAAGAGAGCGGGAAUUAGAAGAAAAAGAAAGGCAGAGGAGAGAAGCUCUCUUGGGGAGAGCAACUGAUGGGUCUCCUAGGCUUACUGAGACUCCUGUUGGUUCCCGCUUAUUGGAGCCUGGAGUUGCCGCUCCUGCUGCUGCUGCUGCAGCACCUGCUGCUGCCGCGCCUGCUGCUGCCGGCACUGCCGGGAAAUACGUGCCUAGGUUCCGGCGAGAUAGAACUGAAGGCUCUGGGCAAGCACCAUCUCCAGAACCAGAUCGAUGGGGCAGGCAGGAUGAUCAGACAUCCCAACCUAGUAGUGAUAGGUGGCGUAGUGAUGAUCGCAACUCCUCCUUUGGUGGUGGCGGCUCAAGGUCCACUUGGUCCUCAGCCAGAAUCCCUCCGCGUGGUGGAUCAGGACGCUGAUCAUAGACAAUUUUUGGUUGAAUAGCCUGAAAAAAAAAAAACAACAAAAAAAAAGGCAAAAUGUGAUUCCGCCAACACUUGAAGUUUUUUUGCAAACCCAAGAAAAUAAUCGAGAUAUUUGUCUUUCCCUUUCUUUUCCAUCUCAUGUAAUGAUGAUUGAUGAAGCUUCAGACUUCAUAAGAGUUGUCUGUUAGUAUUAUUAAUUUUAUCCUUAUUUGCUUCCCUUUU